AGAAAGUUUCAGGUAUCAGUUUCUCCAAGUUACACGUCUGAACAAUCUACCAAUUAACAAUCAGUAGCGGCUGAAUUGGAGACUUGGCCACUACAAUCAUCAUUGUCAAUUGCUGUGUUUGCACUUGAAACUGUGCCUGUGGUAAACACUUGUCCUUCAGGGUGCAGAGUUAGGUAACCUGUGUUUGUAUCCUGAAUAUAAAGAGAGUAAAGGGCCAGCCACACCACUGUCACACUGAGAUACACAAUGCCUAGUGCAGUGUAAGCAGUUGGUUAAGCAGAGAGCUGGAGCUGUGGUGUGUGGAAAAUGCUAGCGAGGUUCAGACAAUGCCGUGGUCCGAGGCCUGACUAGGCUUCAGAGGGACAGGGGUCGCCUAACUGCGCCAACAGCCCCCAUCUCCCUCCCUUCUUACUCCUUUUUUUUUUGAGCUGCUCCAGAAUGGGCUCAGGGAGAACCCUAAAGUUCGCCCUGUGCGAGGUGCUGCAGUUUGCGGGCCUGUGUGUUCCGCUCUUCAUCAUCAUGCAGAGGUUUGCAGUCAUCGUAGCGAGAGUGAAAACCUCGGCGAAGCCUCCCGGAGACAGCGGCACGGCCUACUGGUUGAUCGUGGCCUCCUCCGUUGCCUAUGUCACCUCUACUGCCCUGCUGGUCUGGGUUCCUGUGAAGUACAUGGUCUUUAUGAAAAAGAAGUUUCUUGUUGGGAGGAAGAAGUGGAGGCCUGUGGCACUUGUUUACGUGGUGCUGUCCACAUUACCCUGCUUUGCCUUCCUCAUCGCCAGCUCUGAGGUUCAAAUAAAUAACAACAUGAAGUUUGACAUGUUCACCGAGCUCCCGGUAUCACUCGUCCUCUUCUCUCUCAUCUGCAUUGACGUUGUGGAGAGAAUACGCCAAUGCAGACUGACUGGCCAGGCUAAUAAUGUGGAGGGAGAUGCUGAAAUUCCCUCUGCUGUCCUCACACACGUGGAGCAGGUCGCACCAGUAGCACCCAUCACUCCAGUCGUUCCCGGGCCAGCUGCGCCCAGGCAAGCUGUUCCUGCUCCGAUACAGCCAGGAGCAAAUCAUUUCGGUGACAGAAACCUGAACGGAGGGGUCGCUCGGCCAGAGACCAACGGGACAGUGCCUAGGAUACCAGGCGAUCCUGGAAGACCGUUCAAUGCCUCUGGACUGAGUCCACAAUCAGCAUACCACAUGUCUCCGUACGCUUACACAGGUCCACUGAGAUUUCUGUGUGCCAGUGACGCCCGCGCGGAGGUGAUUGUGGAUAGUUUCAUGUUCUGGAUGGAUACAGUUGAGAUGGUGCGAGUGGCAGGACACCCCCUUGUGUACUAUUCAGGCUGGGUCUUCCCCAUCUAUAUCUUCAGCUACCUGUCCUGCCUACGUGUGGUGGUCAUGCCCCAUAGCCCCCUGCUUUCUUCACUCGGAGUGGCUCUGCAGGACUUGCCCUUUUUCUUUGUGCGCGUUGGCCUCGUUGCCUUCUUUGGUUUUGUCACACCCCUCGUGUAUCUGAUGAAAAACCUGCUGGUGUGCCUGGCCUUCGUCUAUUUCAACUUCAUGACCAAGUUAAGAGUCUUCAACACAGAGAGGAUGUUCUUAUGAACCCGACAUUUCAAGCUGAGACAUUUCAACAUUGGGUUGGAACAAUGAGGAUCUGAAGGAUCGAGCACCUUUGUGUUUAAGAUCCGUUUAAUUGUUACCAUGAAUAUUAAAACAUAGUCAUUUUGACCAUGAUGGACAUUUCAAAUUUACAUUUUUGUUCAACCAGCUUUCUUUCCACCAUCAUUAAGUGCAGUGACUAUAUAAAAAUAAGCAUACCGUGUUUUAAAUAUUAGACUUUUCUUUCAUAUGUUAUAAUUUAAAAAGAGAAACAACAUUGUGAGAUUGUAUCACUGAUACAUUUGUGUUUACACCAUUUUAAUCACGUGUAAAGGUUUUACUGACGUUAACUGAAGGUGGUUUUUGACCUUUCACGUUGGAAUUUAUCCCAUUUCUUCCCGAUGAGUCCCCAGGAGAAAAGCUUUCCUGUCAUUAUUGUAGAAAACAUUUGAAUCCCUUCCUUUCCUGUAAUCCUGCAGCAACAUGGAGAUUUACAGAUGAUUUUCUGGGAGAGCGAGAAAUGGUACAACUGCGAAAACUACAUUAUUCUAGGGGUUAUGUUGUUUGGCAUUGUUCAUAUUUGCAUGACUUGGAUCCAAAACAGCAAAUAUUUAAGGUCUACCACUGAAUUAUUGCAAAUAAAUGUAUCAGUUCAUUCAUCAGAAUGCAAAAUAUCUGGUUUUACUUCUGUUUUUACUACUACUUCUGUUUUGAAACUGAGAUUCAUUGGAAAAAUGACCGGUGCAACAUCUGCUGAGGCUGGGUGAUUUUGUUUCCAAAACAAAUCUUGUAACUGAACUCUGCUGUACAUUGUGUGUCACUGUAGAGGUUGUAAAUAAACUCCACACCAUACGUGUGCUAGGGUAGAGGUGUAGAGGGCGAGCAUGAAGACAUCGCCUGACGCGUUUAUGGCGCCAUUAAAAUGAAGAAGUGUCCAACGUUACUGCACUAUUAAUAUGGGAUAGAUUGUAAAGCACCCAAAUGUCUUACGUAAUAAUAUGAAAGCAUCCAAAAUGUCUGAUGUGAUAAUAUGGAAAGCAUCCAAAAUGUCGAUCGUAAUAAGGGGGAAAUUACCCAAAAUGUCUUCUAAAACAACAUGAAACCGAUCAGAGAAGGGGGUGUAAACCCUCCCCUCAUAGUUUUAUAUAAUGUUUUUAAAAAAAGGAAGAACAAGAUAGCUUGACACGAUUAAAACUGUGAAACAGGAACUAAUGGU